GAAAAUCUCCCCUUGUGGCUAAUGGCCAUUCUGCAAGUCGCAGAAGAAGAAGAAGAGAGCAACAGUGGUCUCGCGCCGCGAAUCAACCAUCAACUACCUCCGGUACGAAGCAGCUGUCGGCCCUCUUGGCCCGGCCUGGCCAACGCCAUGGAUCGUGAUCAAAAGGAGUCGUUGUUGAGGCAGCUCACGGAGGCCUUUGGGAACCGCAAGUACUUCCUCAUGUCUGCUGCAGUCACUUUCUUCCUCAUGCUAGCCGCCCUCGUCACGGCAUCCAAUCAUUUGAGCAGCGUACGCGUCCACGCCGCCGAGAACAAACGUAGAUCUGCUCUCAGUGCGCGAACAAGACUAAAGCUCCUUGGAUACGGGAAAGACAAUCACCACUUGGGGAUAUCGGUGCCACAUAUUCUCUUACCCGGUGCUAUCUCCAAUUCGGAUGAACAGACGGGCCGUUCCUGGUGUCAUCAUCCUGACUGCGUCUGGGUUGAGAAGUACAUGAAGGGCAAGUUGGAACCCAGCGUGAAACCUUGUGAGGAUUUCUACAACCACGUCUGUUCGCCAAAAUGGAAGGCUACCAACCUGCCCUUCAGUCAACGCUCCUACAGGGAACUUUCUAUCGGAGCUACUAUACAAGACCUGCACACUUUUUUCAACUAUAGCUCUCGAAAGCAUUUCGAGGGUGAACUCUACGAUAAAUUCAUGCACCAGGUAUCCAGCUUAUACAUGGAUUGCACCAUCGACUACAAAGGACGCAACGAAAAAGAAAGUCUCCUGGAAUUCAUGCGUGAGUUCCAACUCAUGAGUUCCAACAACACAUCCAACAUGUCCGCUCUCGUUGGCUUCCUGGACCGUGAGAUCCGUCUGUUUCCCCUUGUAACUCUUGCGCUGACGCCGAACACCUACAACGUCAUCAUCACUUCGUCUUCAACGCUACUGAAACGUUACCUGAUCGCUUUCGAAAGCAGAACACUCGAACACUACAUAAGCAACGUCGCUCGAUCGCUUGGACUUGUUAAGCCUGGCCUGAAGGUUCGUACGUUUGCAGAAGAGAUCGUUGCCUUCGAGAUGAACCUCGAAUCUUCUUACUCCGGAGAUCGUCGCGCCAAUAUUACCCCAGAGACGACAUCAAACUCGAGCGAGGAAUCACUCGGUUCCCCUUGGAAUUGGGAUGUCUACAUGAGGACAGUAUUAAGGGAUACGAAGAGCAAUGUUCCUGAUAUCUCUAUCUUGAGCAUUAAGCCGCCAGACCUGUUUAAAAGGUUAUCACGCCUCCUGAACAGCACUCAUCCGAACACAGUCAUGAAUUACUUGCGCUAUCGGUUCGUAGUCUUCGCGUCACCAUUUUUAUCUGAAGAUUUCGGAUUUCUCUUACCUCUGAGUUACGAGUCCUACCAAGAAAAUGUGAACGAGAGGUUACAGGCCUGCGCUCAUAGCGUUGAAGGCAUCUAUCCUUACGCCAUGAGAUUCUUCGUGUCGGCCGCCAUGAAAGACCGAAUGCCCGCCCACACUUGGGAAGAACACAGGAAUGCCAUCGAGGAACUGGUCACUGUCUGCAAGAGUUCGCUCAAAGAACACUUGGGGUCCAAAGGCUGGAUGGCUCCAGAAGACCUCAAUCUUACAUAUAAUCAGAUAGAUUCGAUGAAAGUGGUCCUAGACUAUGCGGUGGAACAUGAACUGGUCGGCAUCCUGCACUACUAUUCCAGACUAGCCGUGCCACUGCGGAGCAGCUCCCCCCUCCAAUCCUUCUUCACAUUGCAACGGUCAAGCAGUGAACUCUACUGGGCCUCGAGCGACUCGUCCAUCGACCAGGACACGCGCAUAGCACUGAGCAGCCUCGUACCGGGCUACCAGUACGUACCGCACACCAAUACACUCUACAUUUCUCCCGCCACGUUAGGGUUCCUCGGGAAUGUCCACAGGUCCACCAUGUUCCUCAUACCUUCUGUGCUGCCAUUUGUCAUUCGUGGUUUGCAGGCUCCGGUGUACUCGCCCAACAGCAGUCAGCGUCAGAGACAAACUAGCAAGUUGAUUGCCGAAAAUAAGCUCUGCCUCUUCGAGAAGUACUACGCUGGAAUGACGGACAUCUCGAAGGAAGAUGUAGCCAUGGACAUUGAGGCAGAAAACUUCGUGGAGCACAGCACGGUGGUGAAAGUGUUGUACAAGGUGUUCCUGAUUUACAAGAAUCUCACUACUAGUGUUACCCAAAGCGUGGGCGCUUCUAAAUCAGAUAACAAGACGGACUUUUCGAUGGACCAGUUAUUCCUUUCCACGUGGGCGUCUACGCAGUGCCAAGCAACCAGCGUCAUGCACGAGAAAAGACUCAUACAACAUAACAUCGUUCCCCCGAGACUACGUGUGGACAUAUCACUGCAAAACUUUGACAUGUUCUCCAAAGUUUUCGCCUGUCCUAAUGACAGUCCAAUGAGCCUAGGGAGUAAGUGUCAGCAACUUUGAGAGCGGUAGCGGACUCCACGUGUUUUUUUUUUUUGCAACAACCUGAUUUUGAUAGUUUGUUUAACACAACGUAACCUGUUUGUAAAAGCCCCUUAACGUCUAUGGACUGGCUUAACAUCGAAUGGCUCAGUGUACGCGAAAUGUUGAUGACGUGGGAACGCAGCGAGUUUUAUAGCGUAUUGUUUGUGCAAAUGACGGAUGUCUGUGAAACGGCGUACAGUAAAAGAGGACUUGUUCCGGUUCGAGCACUA